UUUUCUCUCUCUCUCUCUCUGUGUCUCCAGCAGGACUGAAGACCAUGAGCACUCAUCUCGACCGUGUUUCUCCUCCUGAUCUCCGCGCACACAAUCUCCGCUAAACCAAGAAAUAAAACACACGCGCGCGCUCUCUCAUUCAACAGACGCUCCGUUUCCAGCGCCGGGGAUAAAGCUUCAUCCACGUUUGGACUCUUCGUCUCGCAGUUGUCCGCUUUUAUUUGAUUUGCCCCUCUCUGUGAAGGUUCAAGGUGUUUAAUAUGAUGUUCAUGUAUGUUCUGAUGCGCGCUGGCGUUGGAUUAUUCAGCGUCGCUCUGUUCGGCUUUGUCCAGCAGCCAGCCGGCGCUUCUGCCAGCAGAAACCCGCAAGAUGUGGACGAGUGCGCCGAGGCCCUGGACAGCUGCAGUAUGGAUGCCAUCUGUCAGAACACCCUCAAGUCAUACAAAUGCAUUUGCAAAUCAGGAUACAAAGGCGACGGGAAGCACUGUGAAGAUAUCGAUGAGUGUGCCAGUGAAUAUAAUGGAGGAUGUGUUCACGAGUGCAUCAACAUCCCGGGAAACUACAGAUGCACGUGCUACGACGGCUUUCGUUUGGCCCACGAUGGACACAACUGUCUGGGACUUCAUCCCACUCAAGGCAAACAAACAUUAUUGCUGGAACCCAACUUAUAUGGUUGUAAUCAAACUCUGCACCGACCGCGACUGAGGCCCAAAACGCCGUCACUCUAUCCUCCGUGUCAAAGUGAAGCAGUUUACGCGGUUAACCCGUAG